CUUCCUCCAGCGUCGCUAGACACACUGUCGUUUCUGUGUCGACACUCACGGCAGUGAUUACCCCGUAAUUAUCCAGUGCAGAGUGGAAGUGUUUAGCUCAGGAGAGCACAUACGUGAUCCUCAGCAGUGCGCAGCAGCAAACACAACCCGUGAUCGUAGGAGUCCAGAGCGCUCGUCUGCGCGCCGUCCAACGGACCAGCAACCAUGUAUCCCACAAUGAUGGAGUCGAUGCCCGUGUCUUACGCCAGCACCAUGGGCGGCAUGAUGGGGCAUUACUUUGGCACCGGGAGUGCAGCAGCCAUGGGCGUGGGGCAGAUUCCCCCCUCGCACCACACGAACCCCCAUGGGCAGCAACAGCCCCCUCAGCAGCCCCCGCAGCAGCCGGAGGCCAGCCACCCCCAUCAGCAGACAACCCACACCUCUCACACACCUGCGCAGAACACACCUGAGGCACUAACAGCAAGCAACCCUCAUCUCCGCCAGGCCGCCCUCGUCACCCCCGUGUCGACGCCUUCGCCCGCGGACUCUACGGCUUCAGGAUGCUCCCCAAGCGGCUCCUCCCAGAAGAAGGAGAACGGCUCCAAGGAGGACCACAUCAAGCGCCCCAUGAACGCCUUCAUGGUGUGGUCGCGCAUGCAGCGCCGCAAGAUCGCGCAGGACAACCCCAAGAUGCACAACUCGGAGAUCUCGAAGCGCCUCGGAGCUGAAUGGAAACUCCUGACGGAGGCCGAGAAGCGCCCCUUCAUCGACGAAGCCAAGAGGCUCCGCGCCCAGCACAUGAAGGACCACCCCGACUACAAGUACCGCCCCCGCAGGAAGCCCAAGACCCUGAAGAAGGACGGCUACCCCUACAGCAUCCCUUACCCUGCAGUCUCCAUGGACCCCCUGCGCGGAGGCCGGGAGGGGGGAGGGGCUAACUACGGCUCCAUCAUCACUGCUGCACACAUGGCCGCCGCCGCCGCAGCUGCAGCUGCCGCCCAACAGCAGCUCACCACACAGACGUCGCAGGCCAGCCCCGUCGGCUACGGCUACGACGCCUCCAAGUACAGCAGCUACAUGACCGGAGCCUCGGGUUACCCCAUGAGCAUGUACGGAUCCGCCGCCGCCUCCGACCCAAAUACGGCGAUGCCAGCAAGGCGCAGCUGCGGCUGCCCGCGUCCGCCGUCGGAGGCUACGAAGCCGCCAAGUCGUACCUGGACAGCAGCAAGUAUCUGUCAGACAAGUACGGCCUGGAGAAGCCCACCUCGUACCUGGACAAGGUCGCUCAGGAGCCCAAGGACACAGAGAUGAAGAGCGCCUCGCCAGGCGUGGGCGGCGUCAACCCGGGCUCCAUGGGCGGCUACGGGUCGGCCGCGGGCGCCCUCAGCAACUACUACAGCCAAGCAGCAGGCAGCUCGGCCUUCCAGCCCUCCGGAGCCCUGAGCCAGGGCGUUCCCUCCACCAUGGCCGGCCUGCUGCAGCCGUCGCAGGUGGCCUCGUACACCAACGCUCAGUACCCCCCCGUCGGGGCCGACUACCGGAGGCCUUUGUCCGUGAUCUUCUAGAGCGCGCGCUGCGUGACCCGACGGCGGAGGAAAGCUGUUCUUGUUGACUGUGUGUGGUCAGUGCAGUGGUAGUUGGACCCCUUCCUGUACAUACCUAGUCACGGGGUCCUUGUACAUAUGUAAAUACGGGCAUGUUAGACGUCUUUCACGGAAUUUAUUUAUGCAAGUGCCUGGAUGUUGCUGUUGAUCUUGUUGGUUGAUGCUUACUGAGUUCCUGUCCACAGUACAAGCUAAGAGGAGUGCCUGGGAGAGCCAGAAAACCAUUGUAUUCGGCAAUGCGGUAUACCUAGAAGUGCAUGAACAAGUUAGACCAAAAAAAAACAAAAAUUCCCCACAAAAAAAUUAAAAACACCGACAACAAUUACUGCUUGUUGGAAAGAGAAAGAAGGCUCUCGGUUUGUUAGAGAAGGUAUAGAAGUGUAUUCCCUGGUACAAUUACAUAGAUCUGCUUUCGGUUGUGUGGUGUUGUUAAGCGUAAAAAUACAUUCUUUUUGUUGCAUGGUUCCCAACGCGAGCCUCUUGUUGUGGGUGCGCCUUGACCGCCCUCUGCCCAGUUAUGUUCCUAGCCCAAGUGCUGCCAUCUGCAGGCGUGUCUGCGAACACUCGUGAUGGAUUCAGCUGUAACAACGGGUUCUCUCAUGUAGUUAUAUAUUCAUCAAUAAAUUAAACCUAAAUGAA